CUAAUAAUCACAUUUUACACGUUAUUUGUGUACAACAAUACUGUAUUAUAUUAACAGCAAAAUGGCUGCAAAAGCAAGUCUUGUCUCCAAAGUCUCCAAACAGAUCCCGAUUCUCAUCGACAAGUCUAAGCCCAAGUUGGCAACAUUUGUCCGCUACGCCAAGGUCGAACUGAUACCGCCGAACCCGACGGAAAUACCGCAGAUUGUGGCCGGUUUCAAGAAUCUGGUUACCGGUGUCCGAUCGGGUCGAUGGCGACAGUUAUCUGUUAGCCAGGCCUGGCUCAACACAUUGAUCACUGUUGAGGUUGUCUGUUGGUUCUUUGUCGGCGAAGUUAUCGGUAAACGACAUCUUAUCGGUUACGAUGUCUAACACACGGACAGACACAGACACACACACUAUAGUAGUAUCACUUUAAUUGUUCCACUUAUUAAUAUGAUUAGUGGAUGAGAUAUAAUAAUUGAUUGUUUAAUAACAUUAUAUAUAAUGAUUUGAAUUGAAAUUAUUAUUA